GGACUACGUCUACGGUAUAAUCUGCUGCUAAUUUCUACCAUUUGGUGGCGACGGUAGAAGUUUCGACGGGCGUGUUUAUAGGAGGGAUAUUGAGUUAAUCCCCCAAAUAUAGUUAUAAGAAGAAAAACUGGGGGAGAUGAAGCAUGUACCAAUAAGAACGUCUGUCCGUUCCGUUCAACGUUAGAUGUAAUUCGGAAACAUAUUUAUUUCACUGACUGCCUCAUCACACAGCCACAGCCGCGCCACAGGAUCCGAGUCCAGCCAAGCCAGCGCCAGCUGCGGCCGGCAGACCGGGGAUUUCCCCCGGACCCGGCGGUGAAGCUUGCAACAGCGGGCAGCAGGGUGAUCAAGGCUGAGUCCAUCCAGGCGAAGACCAUCGGCAUCGUCAUCGACCAGUCGCACUCAGCACAAAACAUGUCAAAGGUGCGCCGCAAGUAUAGAGUUAUACAAAUUAAAAUGCAGGGUGCUGAAUAGUGAUGUUGAAUUGCUUCCUCCUUGCGGUGGUCAGGAGAAGGCAUAUUCAAUUCUUCUAACUCCGCAAGCCAUCAGAUUCGUUGCUGACAUGGUUCUAGAGUUCAACAGCAAAGUAGAUCAGAUCUUGAGAGAGAGGAAACAGAGAAAGUUAGAGGUGGACGCAACGAAUGCCCGACCAGACUUCAGAACAGACACCCUGCACAUCCAACAGGGGUCUUGGACUGUAGACCCUGUACCAAAAUGUCUUGUCAACAGGCAUGUAGACCUUGGUGAUGUGUCCCCAGCAAACAUUGAGCACUUUACAACAUCCCUGCAGUCCUCUGCUCAAGGUAUUCAGACCGACUUUGAUGACGGCCACUGUCCGACAUGGCGCACACAGAUUGGAGGCCUUUAUAACGUAUACAGAGCAGUCCACAAUCAGAUACCGGGCGUACCUUCCAUUGAACAUGCACCCAUACUGAUGCUUAGACCUAGAGCAUGGAAUAUGGAAGAACCAAACAUGAUGGUAAAUGGGGUUGUAGUUCCAGGCCCACUCUUUGACUUUGCUCUCUUGAUGUACCACAAUGCAAAGAUUCUAUUGGACAAAGGUUGUGGACCUUUCUUCUAUCUUUCAAAGAUUGAAGGAUACAGAGAAGCCAGACUCUGGGACAAGAUAUUCACAUGGGCUGAGGUGAAGCUUGGUCUUCCCCUGGGCUGUGUGAAAGCAACAGUCCUUAUUGAGAAUGUCUUAGCAGCUUUUGAAAUGCAUGAGAUCUUGUAUGAGCUGAGAAAGCAUUCGGCAGGGCUCAACUGUGGCCUGUGGGACUACUCUGCUUCAUUUGUCAAUAAAUUUGGUCAUAGGCCAGAUUUUGUGCUUCCAGAUCGUCACAAGUAUGUGAACAUGGAGAGGCACUUCUUGAAGAGCUACCUGGCCUUGACAAUAAAGACCUGUCACCAGCGAGGAUGCACUGCUACUGGUGGGAUGAGCGCCCUCUUGCUUCCAUCUAAGAAAGGCCUAGAAUACAAUGCAGCAGUCGAGAAGGCAUGCAGAGCUAAAUUGAGUGAAAUCAAAGCUGGUGUAGAUGGUUUCAUGGUUUAUGAUAUUGGAUUGCUACAGCCCAUGCAACAGUUAUGGGCUAAAUUUGCCCCAUCUCCUAACCAACUUGCCAUUCUGAGGUCAGAUGUCAACGUUCAAGCCAAGGAUCUACUUCUCAUGCCAUCAGGAGGAGUUACACUGAGUGGACUGAAGACAAACAUUGCCGUAGGAAUCCUCUUCAUAGAUUCAUGGCUUAUAGGUAGAGGUCAUUUUCCUCAUUCUGGUUCAGUAGAAGACUCUGCUACAGCUGAAAUAUCAAGAUCACAGGUAUGGCAAUGGAUACGUCACGGGACUUGCCUUGAAGACAGCAAGCGACCAGUCACAAGACGUCUUGUCAUUGAUCUCAUCCAAGCCUUCCUUGCUGAUAACAAACCUACUUCCUCUUCAGACAGCCACAGAAGAUUGAGGGUAUCUGCAAACAUCUUCCUUGAGCUUGUCACAAGAAAAGAUUUCCCAGAAUUCAUCACAACGUAUAUGAACAGUAACAUCUCUUUUAGAGCUGCAAACCAUUUGGAUUUUGCCAAUCUGACUCCUGUUUCUAGCAAUCUAUAAAUUUUCAUGAACUUGACCUUGUAGACUUCACUUUUUGAAACUGGAGACACAACAUGCAUUGAGAGCUGUUUGCUGACAGCAGAGCAUUGCGCCAGUCUUGUAUUGGGGCACUGAGCAUUUUGUUAUAGCUUAUUGCCAGGUAUUAUAGAUUCUAGAUAAGUUGCAUUAUCAUCUAUAUAGAGUGUUUUAGCAUAUUUUGGUCUGCAUCAAUUGCCUGUGCAGUUUUAGAGCGUAUCCCUUAAUAAGACUGAAAUCCGACGAAUAUCCCAUAGGCUCCUGUACAAAAUUUGCUGUUGAGUAUGAGACCAUAUUCAACAGUCUAGUGCGCAUACUAUAGUUUAUCCAAUGUAUACUAUUGUUUCCUAUGCCACAUAAGGAAAUUCAACCAACCAGCUUAGCAACCAAUCAUUUUUUUUUUUUUUUUU